UGGACCAAUCAGAAGCUACGGGUGGGGCUUACGCUACCGGCUGCGUCUCUCACGGCAAUGCUGCUUGUGAAAGCUAACAUCUUUAGCCUUUAAACCAACGUCUGCGUUCUUUAACAACCACAGUGUUUCUUUUAGGAGUUUUUCCUGAGGUUAAAGAUGGGUUUGCUGACGAUAUUGAAGAAGAUGAAACAGAAGGAGCGGGAGAUGAGGCUGCUGAUGCUAGGGCUGGAUAACGCAGGCAAGACGACCAUCCUGAAGAAGUUCAACGGAGAGGAUGUCAGCACCAUCUCUCCGACGCUGGGCUUCAACAUCGAGACCCUGGAGCACAGAGGGUUCAAGCUGAACAUUUGGGACGUUGGCGGCCAGAAGUCCCUGCGCUCCUACUGGAGGAACUACUUUGAGAGCACAGACGGGCUGGUGUGGGUGGUGGACAGCGCAGACAGACUGCGACUGGAGGACUGCAGGCAGGAGCUGAGCUCGCUGCUGCUGGAGGAGAGGUUAGCGGGCGCGACGCUGCUGGUGUUUGCCAACAAGCAGGAUUUACCAGGAGCGUUGUCCAAAGAGGCCAUAAGAGAGGCGUUGGCUCUGGAUGACAUCAAGGCGCAUCACUGGUGCAUCAUCGGCUGCAGCGCGGUAACGGGAGAGAACCUGUUGGCUGGAGUGGACUGGUUAUUAGACGAUAUCGCUGCCAGGAUCUUCACCGCAGACUGAGGCUUUGGUUCGGACAGAGCUGGACUGAUUAGAAACGCUGCACUUUUUGUUUUGCCUUUAUUCAUGUUUGAUUUUUGUCUAAUAAAUAACUGGUGACCACGA